CUUGCCGCAUGUGGGGCUGUGCGGAGCCCUGCCUGGGUUGGGGGCAUUUUGCCCCCAGCCCUGUGCUCUUUUUAAGUCUGCUUCUGUCUGCAGCCCCAUUUGGCCUGCUAGGGGAGGAGACUCGCCAGGUAUCUCUGGAGGUUAUCCCUGGCUGGCCAGACCUCCCCCAGAACCUGCUUCAUAUCCGGGCAGUGGGCACCAAUUCCACCCUGCACUAUGUGUGGAGCAGCCUGGGUCCUCCAUCAGUGGUGUUGGUGGCCACCAACACUCCCCAUAGUGUCCUGAAAGUCAACUGGACCUGCCUGCUAUCCCCUAAUCCUGAUGGGGGUCUGAUGGUACUUCCAAAGGACAGCAUUCAGUUUUCUUCUGCCCUUAUCUUCACCAGGCUGCUUGAGUUUGACAGCACCAACAUGUCUGAGGCAGCAGCGCAGCUCCCAGGAAAACCAUAUCCUCCAUAUUCCCUGGCUGAGUUCUCCUGGAACAACAUCACUGAUUCACUGGAUCCUGCCACCCUGAGUGCCACAUUUCGAGGCUUCCCUACGCAUGACCCAACCAAGGCUUUUGCCAAUGGCAGCUUGACUUUCAAGGUUCAGGCAUUUUCCAGAUCUGGUCGACCUGCCCAACCCCCACGCCUUCUGCACACAGCAGAAACCUGCCAGCUAGAAGUGGCCCUGGUUGGAGCCUCUCCCCGAGGAAACCACUCACUGUUUGGGCUAGAGGUAGCCACUUUGGGGCAGGGCCCUGACUGCCCCUCAAUGCAGGAGCAGCACUCCAUUGAUGACGAAUAUACACCUUCUGUCUUCCAGUUGGACCAGUUGCUGUGGGGCUCCCUCCCAUCUGGCUUCAUGCAGUGGAGACCAGUGGCUUUCUCCCAGAAGCAGGGAAACCGAGAAUCAGCUCUACCCUGCCAUGCUUCCCCUCUUCACCCCACCUCAGAAUACUCUCUCCCAAAGUCACCCAUUGUCCAAGCCUUCUUUGGUGGAUCUCAGAACAGCUUUUGUGUCUUCAAUCUGACAUUUGGGACUUCUAGAGGCCCUGGUUACUGGGACCAAUACUACCUCAGCUGGUCGAUGCUUCUGGGUGUAGGACCCCCUCCACUGGAUGCCUUGUCUCCGCUAGUCCUGGGAAUCAUGGCAGUGGCCCUGGGUGCACCAGGACUCAUGUUGCUGGGAGGAGGCCUGAUUCUACUGCUACGCCAUAAGCAGUACUCAGAGUACCAAGCUAUAAACUGAGAUCUACUAUGUUAGAAGAAAGGCAUUAUUGGACUUGCCUUGCUGUGCCUCAAUCUGCUGGAGGUUGGAAGUUCAGUAUUCCACCUGGCCCUUCCCCUCUCCCAUCAUGCUUUUCUACAGAACCUCAAAAAUCAGCCUCAACUUCCUGGGUGCUCCCAGGUGGGACUUCCUUCAUACCUAGGAUGAGGAGGCAGGGCCACACUUAUUGCUAAAGGCAAGAUUUUGUUGGUGCUGACUCCUUGUGUCAUUUUCCCCACCCCCUAUAUCUCUUGGAUGAGCCUUGAAGGCUUCAAUGAGUGAUUGGGUGGUUUCCCUGGAAGGCAUGAAAUACACAUUUUUAUUCCUA